ACUCUCUACGUAGUCAUUGCUGGCAGAUGUAAGAAGAAGCAAUAUGGCGUCGACAAGCCGUGGAGAUCCCCUUCCCAAGGUGCAAUGCCCCAACCACCCAGAAGCCAUAUUGGUGGAAGACUACAGAGCGGGAGACAUGAUCUGCCCGGAGUGUGGCUUAGUUGUGGGUGACCGGGUCAUUGACGUGGGGUCAGAAUGGAGGACCUUCAGUAAUGAGAAAGCCACCAAAGACCCAUCUCGAGUAGGCGACGCCCAGAACCCUCUCCUCAACGGGGGAGAUUUGACGACCAUGAUCAGCAAGGGGACAGGAGCAGCCAGUUUCGAUGAGUUUGGUAACUCCAAGUACCAGAACCGGAGGACCAUGAGCAGUUCAGAUCGAGCCAUGCUGAAUGCCUUCAAAGAGAUCAGCACCAUGGCAGACAGAAUUAACCUGCCCAGAAAUAUCAUAGACCGAACAAAUAACUUAUUUAAGCAAGUCUAUGAGCAGAAGAGCCUUAAGGGAAGGAGCAAUGAUGCUAUUGCUUCAGCUUGUCUCUACAUUGCCUGCAGACAGGAGGGGGUCCCGCGAACAUUUAAAGAAAUCUGUGCGGUGUCCCGGAUUUCCAAGAAGGAAAUCGGCCGGUGUUUCAAGCUGAUCCUGAAGGCCCUGGAGACGAGCGUGGACCUGAUCACGACAGGGGACUUCAUGUCCCGUUUCUGCUCCAACUUGGGGCUGCCCAAGCAGGUGCAGAUGGCUGCCACGUACAUCGCCAGGAAGGCGGUGGAGCUCGACCUGGUGCCCGGCCGCAGCCCCAUCUCUGUGGCGGCUGCCGCGAUCUACAUGGCCUCUCAGGCCUCCGCCGAGAAAAAGACUCAGAAAGAAAUUGGAGACAUUGCCGGAGUGGCAGACGUCACAAUCCGGCAGUCCUACAGACUCAUUUACCCCCGUGCUGCAGACCUCUUCCCACCAGACUUCAAAUUUGACACUCCGGUCGACAAACUGCCUCAGCUGUGAAAUGUGUGCUUUCUACAAUUUCUGCUUUUUGUAUUUUUAGUUUUUUUUUUUUUUUUAAU